GCAGGGAGCAGGUCUCGAACCCUCGACCUUCUAGCCCGAAGUCCGGCGUGUGGCAGAGUCGAAUUCCACGCGUAUAAACCCAGGGUCGUUACAAUAUAUAUUCUGGCCCCAUUAGAUUUAGGGCCUCGCGUUUUCCUAUUAUUACGGUAACAGCGGGCAUUCCUUGUCACGUGAUCAACGAGAGCAUCUUUUUGGUCCAUUUUGGAUGAUAGCUGAGUCCUUGUAGCUAACCACGACCCGAAAAUGACAAAAUUGCAGUUUUUAAACGUAUUUUUGACCGAGCGGCUUAUGCUCGCUGCCCAGGAGAUCUACAAAUCUGUCGAAGACACGAUUUUGGAAUACCAAGAGGAGAUUGCGCUCAGGGAGAGGGAGAACGACCAUCUGAGACGCAGACUCCGAGACGCUGGGAUUGAAAUAUGGCCAGACCGUCAGUCUAUGGCACUAUUGGAGGAGGAGGAUGGCGAGCAUCCUCGGCGGGAGUGGAGCCCCAGCAUGGGCCAUGAGGAGCGAAUCCCCAUCCUGAUCAAGGAGAAACGGGAGCUCAGGUCCAGCCAGGGGGACGAGCAACUCCGGGGCCAUGGCUCCUGCAGCACCCCAGAGUCCAUGUUCACUCCUCCCCGCGUCACCAACGAAUACCCCCAGGAUCCUCCCCACUCCUCUAACCUGCCCCAGAACCCGUCAGUGGAGAACAGAGAGCGGGACCCUGGUCCCAGAACCUCAUCCAGACACGUCAAGUCAGAAGUGUCCCACAGAGGCUCAUCAUCAUCAUCUUCGUCCAACAGCGUCCCGCAGCCCCUUGCCACAGUCAACCCCAACUGCUCCAACGAGAACAACAUUGACAUCAUUGGAGUGGAGAACGGAGGACAGAUGUCUGGGUCUAAAGGACGAGCUGGUGGGAGCAGAGGUCAGGGCUCCCACUUAGGUGACCAGGGCAGUAACGCGGCCGCAGAGUGUGGAAAAUCCCCCCUCCAGGUGCACGUGUCAUCGUUCUGCUGCAAGGUGUGUGGGGAGGCGUUCAGCCACGUCGGACACCUGCAUGUACACGUCCAGGUGCACACCCGGGAGAAGCCGUACCGCUGCGGGGUGUGUGGGAAGUGUUGCAGCUCCUCCGGCAGGCUCCAGGAGCAUGCCAGGAGUCACACUGGAGAGAAGCCGUUCCGCUGCCAGAUCUGUGGGAAGGGAUUCACCCAGAUGGCCCAUUUGAAGGUCCACAUGCGGAUCCACACGGGAGAGAAACCAUACAGCUGCCCAGUGUGUGGAAAGUGCUUCAGCCGCUCCGACAAAAUCAAACGUCAUCUCCAGACCCACAGCCGCGAGGGCACUUACUUCUCAGGGCAGUAAGAUGAGGGAGACCACCGGUGGUUGUUAAUGAGCGACUGAGUCUGUAUGAAUGAAUGAAUUACUGAUUAUGGGACAUUUUUUAAAAGCUAAAAUUGCUGCCAUUUAAGACGGCUUGUUAUUUUUCUCUCUCUCAAAGAGCUAGGGAUUCUGCGACUUUCUUAGAGAAUGUUUUAUCUCCUAGUUAACACUUCUCUCCAUGCCAUAGUUUCUCUCUCAUGCCGUAGAUUUUGUAUAGUCGAUUUAGUAUGUGUCCAUUUACUUUUUGUACUUGUCACUGAAUGGGAUAAUAGGGAAUCUUUAAACGCCAAAUUGAACGAUUUAGUAGCUAGUCUUUCUGAAUGAUUUAGUCUUUACUUUUAGUAAUGAACUUGGUAGCAUGAUGAUGAUAAUGAAGUCUUCCACUAUGCGCCUUGAAACGGAGAUGCAUUCAGGCUUGCAACAAUAAGCAGCAUUCCAAAACUUGGUGGUCUUGCCCCAGACGAUUUGCACAGGGCCAAUUUACACAUUUCUAAAAAAUUGUUUUAAAUGUUGUUUUUUUUCC